AUGGGUGCCAGGCAAAGCAUGGCGACCUCGAGGUGGACUCGGCUGCCGCAGACUCUGCGACUCCUUCCGCUGCAGAGUUCCAAGCGUUGCCGCUGCUUCGGCAGUUUCUCAGGAGGUGCCCUUCCAGAUGGCGCGCAAAGGAGCACUGCGCAUGUGGCCAAGCCUGGGUUAGAUGACCAGGUCUGGCUUUUUUGUGCAGCGAGUGCAGCUGGUGCGAUGGCCUUGUCUUUCCUCGACUCCAGGAGACCUGCAGGCUGCUACUACGAGAAGUCACCGAGUGGCGAAGUGGACCGGCUGAGGAGGUGGUCCAGAGUCUUCUGGAAUCUUCCAUCCGGCAUCUCGCCCAACUUCCAUGAGACCGAGGUGAACCCCCACCUCGAGAAGCACAUUCCGCGCUGGACCGCUGGAAUGCCCUCCCCCGAUGCUGCGGAUAAGGCAUCAGUGCCGCGAGUUCUCGUGCCACUUUGCGGAAAGUCGGUCGACAUGCCAUACCUCUGCGAGCUGGGCUAUGGCGUGGUUGGGGUCGAGGGCGUCCAGCGCGGAAUCCUCGAGUUCAAAGCAGAGCAUCAAGUGAGAGUCAAGGGCAUGAAGUCCCCGGUCGUUGUCUCCAAAGAUGACCAAGGACCUGGGUGGCACGAAGGGGCCGCUUUCGUCCCCGCGAAGAAAUUCCAGGGAGCAAGGAGAAACUAUGUCUUCAAGACCGGUGCGCAAGGGUUGGGGUACUACUCUGAGCGGCCUGCCGUUUGGCGCGGCAAGGUGAAUCUGGGCAGAAGACGUGCCCCACUGCACAUCAUUGAAGGAGAUAUGCUAGACGUCACGCCAGAGGUAGUUGCAGCAUCGACCUUCAAUACUGAUGGAAGGAAGGAAAUCCUCACGUUCGACUUGUGCUGCCGCGGUGCUGAGUCUGUGAUGCUUCGAGCAGAUGGCAAGGAGGAGCGACUGGAAAGCCUCGGGGGACACCCGCAGUGCUUUACUGGACACCCUCGGCACCUUUCCUUCGACGACUGCUGCUCCUGGCCUCGCCUCCUCCGCCCAACCCUGCAGCUGGCAGCCGCGCUGCUACGCGAAAACCCGCCGCUGGAGGCCCCCAGACUGGACGGCGCAGACUGCCCGGAUUCACUGAACUGGGUGGAGUUGGGUGCGGCCGCUGCCGGCCUGGAAGCUGAGAGAUCCUCAGAGAGCGUCAAAGCUGGAGCACUGCUCGUGGCAUCCAGCCCAGCUUCAGCUGACGACCUGGUCGUGGUCCGAAAAUGCACAUGCCUCGCCCAACUGGCACUACUACGCAGAAGCAGCGGACUUGCAAGCAUGCUCGACACCGAUCAAUUGGCGGCAAGACCGUUCCUUCUGCAAGCCGUACACCAGGCAUUGUUGGGUUUCCGGCUUUUGGCCAGCUUCGCGCAAUACCGUGGCUUUUCUGAGAAGACCUGUGCUCACCAAAUGGCAGCGCUUCAAGCAAUUCGAUCGGAUCUUCUGAAAGUUGAAGGUGUCUUUGAUGUGGCACCCCCUAUGGGGAUGGACCACUCCUUGCGGCUGCGGCGCAUCCACGACAGCAAAGGGUUCGCCGCUGACCCAAGCCCAGCCGGGUCCGAGGUGGUGCGGCAGCUGUGGGAAGCUGAAGGCCGUGCAAUGAGUGCGGCAUACUUGACCUCAGCUUCAGCGCCUAUGCUGCAGCUAUGGGAGGCAUUGGACAGACUUCUGCACGGGCGACGGUCCAAGCCAGCCUUCCAACUUCCGCAUGCAGAACCACAGCAAACUCAGCACACAAGCUGCCAGCAAGCGCGGCAACACUACUUCGAGGCAAAGACGGGCUCAUUCUUGGCAGCGGCUGCAGCAUACGAGGAGCUGCAGCGGUGCAGUGAGAUUGAGGUUCCAAUGAUUUUUUGGCAGAACCAAGCGUGCAUGACUGGCAACCACCUCCUCAGCCUUGCUUCCACAGUUUUACUCGCAAUGCUCUUGGGCCGCGGUUUCCGCUUCCGGGCCUCCGAUUUUCCUGGUGGCGUAUCUUGCGACCGGGUGCUGACUGGUCCUUUGUGCUCGUGGUCGCUUGAGCCGUCUACCUUUGAUGCGAUGGCGCAGCCACCGGCUGUGACGUACUCCUAUGCAUCCUUCCAGGAGUGCUUGCCCUUCUUGCAGCGUCUCUACGGGUUCACCGCGUUAUCGAAGGCUGGUGAGAUGGAUCUCCCACAUCUGGUGGUCAAGGACCAGUGCCAAUAUUUUGUUCCCAGCCUCUUCCGCAACCCUAGGAUGCGGCCACUUUUGGAGCGCUGGUUCUGGCAAGCCGGCUCCAGGUGGAAGGUCUUUAGCCCGCUGGGGCGCUGGCUUUUUGGCGAUUUGGCCUCACAUUUGGAACACCGGGUUACGUCCUUCGUGCAGGUGCACAAGCUUUACCCUGGGGCAAGCAACCGGUUUCGAGCUUGUGCUCAAAAUCGCUUCGUAGAAGCAGCUGAUUGGUGGGCGCGAUGCAUCAGAGAACUUUCUGCUGGUGCUAGCACCCAAGUCUUUAUAGCUACCAUAGAGCACUCAUUUUUGACGGAAAUGGCUCGCGGUUUUGGCAGAGCCAACCUGACAUAUGCCACUGCCACUUGGGCCCGGCGGCCAGACGACAUCCCGCAUGUCUUUAGCUCCUUCAUCGAUAUGUGGCUUUUAGGCCGCGCUUGCGACGUAGCUGUGACAACUUCACACUCGACGUUCGGCUAUGUGGGACCUGCAUUGUUUGGGGUUCCUCGGAUUUCCGGCCCAGGAACGGCUGGUGCUGCGUACGGUGGGAGGCAGCGACCGGGAAAGUGGUGGCAACGGAUGCCAGCCUGCAGCUUCCAUGGAGCGGAGGAGGCCCUCAGGAAAAAGAGCCCGCAGGUUUUCUCCUUCGAGCCCUGCAGCCAUUUCCUGCAGAUGGACUGGCCGCAUUGGAACCGCAGCAAGUGCGCCCAGGCAGAUUUUCCGCCUGGUUUGCUUCAAAUUCCGUCCGAGCUCCUCCCGCGGUCCUGCUGA